AUGGCGCAGAAGUUGGUAAACUUUGGACAGAAAAUUGCGACGGCAACGCCUCGUUUGGUCACUAGAAUAUCAUUUCUAGCCCUUGGUAAGAAAUCAAAGUAAUUUUUUGCUAUUUUAAUCAUUCUUUUCUUCUUCUAGAUCUCUUUUUUCUACCUUAUUUGUUUAUGUAAUCUUGUAACGAAAAGACCAGCUAUCGGUGGGCUGAUAUUCGACUUACUGUUAAAACUUUGUGGUGAAUACUAUUGCAAGAAAUCUGUUGUAAUAGUUUUCACCGUUAAGUAAAUUGAAUGCAAUGUAACAUAAGCGAUGGUUAGAGGAGCAAAUUGGUGAAAGUGAUCCAAAACGUAAGAGAUCAAAUCGAAGGCUGAAGGUCUAGCUUCGUAGUGUGGCUGUAUUUCUCACCUAUUUAAGAAGUUGUUUUAAUUGUUUGUGUAAAUCUAAUUCCUACUUUGAGAUAUUUAUUGCAAUUUAUCGCUCUCGAAAGCAGUCUUAGUGUUUUCGUUUUGCAAGAUAAAUGUGAUUUAGCCUGUUCGCUUAACCAAUACUCAUUUUGAUGACAAUAUAUAUUCGGCCACUAAAAACGUUUUGGAAGGGAAAUGUUUAGAUUGUGAAGAUACGAGUUUUGUAAUCUUUUAAAAAGUUAUAAUCUGGCGAAGUAUUUUCUGAAGAAAGGAUCUUCUGAAAAAUUACAAUCUGGCAAAGUAUUUUCUGAAGCAAGGAUCUUUUGAAAAAUUACAAUCUGGCAAAGUAUUUUCUGAAGUAAGGAUCUUUUGAAAAAUUGCAAUCUGGCAAAGUAUUAUAUGAAGCAAGAAAAGUAGCAGGAAUAUGUGAAAAUGUUGAACUCAGCUAAUUUUGUGAGUAGAAGGAAAACUAACUCAAAAUUGGUUUUUGCCAUAGAACAUAAGGUUCCCUUUCUACAAAAUUUGUUACUCUUUCCCUCUCAUUCUUGAUUUAGCUGUCCCAGUGCCACUGUGUUGGAAUAUUACAUGGUAACGGCCAAUAGUUACAACAAGAAAUUUUAGUUUUAAAAACUAUUUUUUUUUAGAUAUAGGUGUUUUAAUUGGCUUAGUGUUUUUUGCAAAACAUUUUCCUAAGGGAAUGAGGAAAGAAUAGUAAUAAGAUUUUACAUUUGUAAUAAGUGUGUGACACCUUACUGUUUACAUUCAUUGUUGACAUUGCAUCUCACAGUCUUGUUUGAUUUUUUUGAAUGUUGUAUGAACUGUACUGUAAUUGUACUGUCUGUUUCUAUAUUUCUGACCUCAGUUUGUUGAAAAAUGUCUAUGUAAAAACAGCUGGAAGUGGUCUGUUUUUUUUAUGGUAAUAAACAAGUGGCUGAUGAAGGCUGAGGUGUGAUCAGAAGCUAGUUUUGUUUAAUUAUUUUAGACCUUGCAAAAAUUACUGUUUAUUUAGAUAACAGAUUGUCUUUUACACCCAGAUGCUGCUAAGAAAGCACAGCCCCCUGUUAUGACUUUCUUGAAUAAUGCCAAAGUGGAGAUGCUUCCUCCAAAGCCAUCAGACUGGCCAGCCAUCAGGAAAAGCUUUCUUGGUCUGAAAGAGUCUGCCAUGAAGGGCAAGUUCCUUGAUGUUACAGUUAAGGAGGCUGCUGCAAAUACUUUGGUUGCUGUGGAGAUUGCCUUCUGGUUUUAUGUUGGUGAAGUCAUAGGAAGACGAAGCCUGAUUGGUUAUGAUGUGUGA